AUGUCCUUCCCACCACCUCCAGGUCCAAGACAAACUCCCUCGUCGCUCCCUCCACGGCCACCAGCUCCCGCCAGCUCAGGUGCUGCAUCCUAUCAACCUGCAUACUCGGCCGCACCCACAUAUGCGGCACCUGCGACCAGCACUGGAUAUGGUGGGGGUGGUCCUCGGACAGGCUAUAAUGCCAUUACGGCCUUCCAGCCUCGCUCCGUAGCAUCCAGUCAACCUUACCGGAACAGCAGCCCGGCUGUGUCGACGCCCCCAGCUGCAGCGGCGGGAUACUCGGCGCCGGCCACGGCGAACUACGGUAACUACUACUCUCAAUCACAGCAGACACAACAGGCAUACCAGAGCGGACCGUCCUACUACGGUGCUGCGCAGUACAGCGAUAACACCUACGGCCCAACCGUCCCUCAUAUCCAAAACCCAUUCUCGGCACCAGGAGGAUCCGGGAAGAACGGACGCCAGGACUCGGGACUCGAUCCCGACACGGAAGCGCAGAUCGCGCAAUGGCAGAGUGCCUACGCUAACAAGGAGGACGUCUCGGCGAGCGUUCGGGGACCGGGUCGUCGGGACGGAGCCAUGGGCAUACCCGGUGGCAACGUGGGAACCAACACACCCAUCAAUGCGACUGCAACGGGCGCCAACACCCCCACACCUGCGCCUGGCCCUGCCGAGCCGCCCACCAAGACUGUGGCCCGCUCCGGCGGUGGCCAGACAUGGUCUGACUCCACGCUCUUGGAGUGGGAUCCAGCGCAUUUCCGACUCUUCGUGGGCAACCUGGCAGGCGAGGUGACUGACGACUCGUUACUGAAGGCGUUUGCCCGCUAUGAGUCGGUGCAGAAGGCGCGGGUGAUCCGGGACAAGCGCACGCAGAAGAGCAAGGGAUACGGGUUCGUUAGCUUCAGCAAUGGCGAUGACUACUUCGCAGCCGCCAGGGAGAUGCAAGGAAAGUACAUUGGAUCCCAUCCGAUCUUGCUGCGGCGGGCCACCACGGAGGUCCGGCCCGUGUCAAACAACAAGGGAGGAAAGAAGGGCGGCGGCAACAAGGGCGGACUGGGAGGCGGCGCCGGCGGCAAGGUGAAGCACGAUGGAGUCAAGAAGCCGGGCAAGACCAAGGGCGGCCUGCGGAUCCUGGGAUGA